UGAGUCCAGUCGAGGAAAGAAAUCUUGAAAAGUUUCUUAAAUCAAAUGCACCUGUGUUUUAUAUGAAAGUGUAUGAAGAUAAAAUCAUAUCCGUCGGUAUCUUUAUAAUCAAAUCUCAUCAUCGAAUUCCACUACAUGAUCAUCCACAUAUGUUCGGUUUAAUCAAAGUUCUUGAUGGCCAUGGACAUUUGAAUGCGUACAAUGUUUUAUUUGAGAAAAAUGCCAAUGAACUUGUUUGUACUCAGCAUGUCUCCUCGUCGAUUAGUUGUCAAUCGGAAACAGCAGUGCUUUAUCCCAAUCAAUCGAAUAUUCAUGAAAUCUAUGCGAGUGACGAUGAUCAUUGUGCAUUCCUGGAUAUUUUAAGUCCACCAUAUUCAAACGAAAACGAUUGCACAUGUUUUCUUGCAAUACCAUCAUCGACAACAACAACAACGGACGUCACUGAUGAUCGUGAAGGAAAUUAUGUUUUAAAACGAAUAUUUGAUGAUGAGUAUUAUACGGAAUCAUUGCA